CGACACUUUUAGGGUUGCAACAGCCAACCAGCUAUUGUCUCUUAUUAGAUCCUUUGCCUUCGUUGAAUUCAAGAUUUGAGAACGACUUUUCUGGUCCUACGAAUUAUGAGCUAAAAAGUUUUUUUCCUGAUGUUCUUGGUUUCAAGAUUGGAACUGUUUUUGGUGCCAGUAGUUUUGAGUUGCCACCUAGUUCAGUAACUUUGAAUUCCACAAUUUCUGGUCCUGUAAAUUCUGAAUUAUGUGGUUCUGUAGAGUAUAAUAAUUUCAAGUUAUGUGGUUCUGUGAAUGUUGAAUUGUCACUUAAUCUUGAGCCUAGUUCUGUAAAUAUUGAAUUGCUGUUUAAUCUUGUGCUUGGUUCUGUUGAUAUUGAAUUGCCAUCUGAUCUUGUGUUUAGUUCUGUGAAUGUUAAAUCACUGCCUUGUCUUGUGAAUCCAGAAUAUGAUAGUACUUGGUCUGGUUCUGAAGAUUUUGAGCUGUCUGGUUUUAAGGACUUUGAGAUAAAUAGUAAUUUGCCUAGUUCUGUAAAUUUUGGGUUUGCAAGUUCUGAGUCUGUUAGUAAUUUACUUGGUUUUGUGAAUUCUGAGUUCACUAAUAAUUUGCCUAGUUUUGAAGGUUCUGGGCUUGAUAUUAGUAUAAAUGCUGACAUCAAUCAAAUGAUUCAAUAUAAUACAACUGAAAUAAAAUUACAAGUAAGAGAUUUCUUUGAUGAUUGGAACACUGUACAAUGUGUAGUUGAUGCUUAUUCAAAGCAACACAGUGUGAACAGACCAAAAAAAGUAGAGAAUAUUGAUGAACAUCGUAAUGGUGUUUCUGGUAAAACUGAUUGUUCAUGGCUAGUUCACUUUUAUUUUGGUAAAUGUGCGAAGGCUAUAAAUAUUACUAGCAUAGUAGAUAAACACAAUCAUAUUUGUGAUCUGAACACUAUAAAAUUGGCUUCAAAGCAUUUACAAUUUUUACCAACAAUUUUAGACAGAAUUAAGAACUAUACCAUUGUUGGUCAGCUUAGUGCUAACCAACAAUUUGACCUUCUUGUAAAAGAAUUUCUCCAAUAUCAAAUAAAAAAAAAGAACCUGUAUAAUGCUAUCAGUAAAUUUCGAGGUAUAAGGAUUCAUGAUGAAUCUGAUACUGCUACAAUAUUGCAACAUCUUCUUAAUUUAAAAGAACAAGACCAAGAAUAUGUGGUUAUUCCAUGUAUAGAGGCUUUAUCCAAUCAUGAGGCUUGGGCAAGAUAUUCUAUAUUAAAAGUGUUUAUAGCUGGCACUGAGUCAACACAAAAGGUGAAGUCAAUAAAUGGUGUUCUUAAGAAACACAUUGAUCAAGGUACCUUGUUGAAGGAACUAAUAAAAGCAAUCAAACAAGAAUUAGAAAAAGAAGCCAGUUAUAAUUAUAUCAGAGAUUAUUAUGAAUCUAAUCUAUCAUCUGGCUUACUGUCUACUUACAAUACCAUUUUCAAGGCUAUUGAUUUGGUAUUGGCUGAACAUUUGACACCUAUUUCACUCUUACUUCACAAGCCCAGAUGA